UCCAGCCUCUCGCCGCCUCCCCCUUGUGCAGGUUCACCAGCCCUGGAGCUCCACACCACAGUAGCAGCUGGGGUACUGAUACUACUCCGCUGCCGGAGAGCGUCAGGAAAGACUGCUGUGGGGGUAAUCGGGGGAAAACGCCAAAGCAUCCUGAUAGAUCCCCCUUCAGAGAGUUUUGGACCCGUUGGAGUCGUUAUAGACGGGAGGGGGCCUCGUCUUCCCGGAUUAUUCCCCUUGCGCGGGUAUAAAGAAACUUCCAGCAGGAUUUGUAAAUUCAGGAUGUCGGUGUGAAACAAAGGGGUCCGGAGCACUGUUGUCUGAGUGGGUACGAUUGCGUCCUCUUCGCCUGCUCUGGAUGGGAAAGAUGGAAACGGAAGGGCAGUGGUGGAAAAGCCAGCUCGCAGCUGACAUCCAUCAAGCUCUGCGCGUCAAGGAGUUGAAGCUGCCCGCCUACCGGGCCCACUCACCCCAGAUUGGAAUGCGGCGCUACUUCGCCGACCUGCUGGCCAUCCUCAGUAACCGCUACCAGCUGUGCCCGACCGCCCGCCACCUGGCCGUCUACCUGCUGGACCUCUUCAUGGACCACUAUGACGUGGCCCUCAAGCAGCUCUAUGCUAUCGCUCUGUCCUGCCUGCUCCUUGCCAGUAAGUUCGAGGAGAAAGAGGACCGAGUGCCCAAGCUGGAGCAGCUGAACGCCUUGGGCUUCAUGUGCAGCCUGAACCUGGUGCUGAGCAAGCGCGACCUGAUCCGCAUGGAGCUGCUGCUGCUGGAGACCUUCGGCUGGAACCUGUGCCUGCCCACGCCCGCGCACUUCAUUGACUACUACCUCCACGCCUCCGUGCAGGAGAGCGACCUGCACAACGGCUGGCCGCUCUCCUCACCAUCCAAGACCAAAGCCUUCAUGGACAAGUACACACACUACUUCCUGGAGGUCUCGCUGCAAGACCACGCCUUCCUGAGCUUCCGACCCUCCCAGGUGGCAGCAGCCUGCAUCGCGGCCUCGCGCGUCUGCUUGCAGGUCUCCCCCGGCUGGACCACUGCGCUGCACCUGCUCACAGGCUACACCUGGGAGCACCUGACCCAGUGCAUCGAGCUCAUGCUCCUUGCCCAUGACAAUGACGUGAAAGAGGCCAACAAAAGCAAAACGGCCCCCUCAUCUGGCCAACUCUCCCUGCCGUCACCGGCCCAGCCCUCGUCCCCGGCCUCAGCCCCCCCUGCCCAGAGCCGGGCCGCUUCCUCCCAGCAGCUGCUGUUCCAGCCGGCCGGCUUUGCCCAUCUCUCCCAGCACCCGGCCCCCCUGUCCCAGCUGCACAUGCUGGCUGAGGCCCCGGCAUUGGGCCCUGUGGUGUCACACGACUACCUCCAGUCCCAUAGGAUGGGGCUGCUCUCCGGAGCGGCCGCCGGGGGCCCCCUUCACUCAUACCCUGGCUUGGCAUCGGGGCUGCAGCCCGGGGUGCGUGGGCUGCCCCUGCAGGCCCCCCUGUCCGUGCAGAUGGCCGGUGCUGGUGAGCCACGCCACUGUCUCAGUGUGGCCUACCCCGCCGGCUACCUGGGCUCCCACCGCGGCUUCGCCGCCAGCUGCUUCGACAGGUGACGCCAGAAGAGGGAGCCCCCCGAGCUCAGACGCGCACGCCGGCCCACCUCUGCCCCCUCCCCCGGCCCUAGUCCCGCCCCCCUCCAGAGACGCAGCAAGCGUAAAUCGAAACGCGGCACCGGGGGGGACACCACUGCCGUCAGCGGGCUCACAUGACGCUCUUGCCGCUGGAAUGGACUUGAAACAAAGACUUUGCUGAGCCCUUUAUUGAACCAGAGGAAGAGAGACUAUUUUUGUUGAUAGUUUUCGCCACUGAUCGUGUUUCACCACACUGUGAUGGACAGAUCUACAGCCAUGGCUCAGUUCUGUUUUGAAAAUCAUCUGUGGCUCUUCUGGUCUUGGAGUGGGGGGGGGGAUUAAGGUAUUAUCUAAAAUAGCUCUGAUUCCCUCAUCUGUCCGGGUUAACAGCCCCUCAUUAAACUAAAGUGCUGCUUUAUUUUCAAAAACAAGCCAAAAGAAAAUGACGAGUAAGACUGGAAACAUCCAUCCAAUAGCGAACACCCCCCCCCCCCCCAAAGAAAAUCCUCGGACUGUGGUCUCUCGCCAGUUUUGACCAACAUUUUGACCUUAAGCUGCUAUGUUUUUUUUCCUCUGUUCCUGUGGGUGAAACACCAUAAAGGUCUGGAGGUUUAACUGGUCUCGCUCGCCUUCUUCCCUCGGCACACCUGCAGAAAGGAAGUGACAUCAUUCUGCAGCCUGUUGUCAGUCUAUAAAAUGGACCUACCCCCAAUGUUGCUGCCUUACAGAAACCCAGCGAGCUGUGACUGUGAGGCUCCUGCCCUGGAAUUGUUUACAUGUGCCAUGCCGAUUCAGGGACCGACAUGUUACUUGAAGGCGAUGACUUUGGGGCAUUGCUGUUAUUUAUGAUCAUUCCUCUACGCUUUGUCUCCUUCAGCUGCCUUUGUGCCCUCGUGGUGUACAGAUAUGUUCCUGCUCCUUCACUGUGCGGCGGCCAUGUGACGGUCACAGCCGGAUGGGGAGGCUGUCCUGGCUUUGAUGCCAGAGGGGACUCGGCAGGGAGGGGCCGUCUUUCUACUGCCUGUCUUGGUGGGGGAGGGGGGUGGAGCUGUUGCACUCAGUCAUUUAGAGAAACAAAAUAUAAUGGUACAUCAAUACAUGAUUAUGCAUUUACUGUUACUAUUUACGGCCGAGUACUCUGAAUGCCACAAACACACACUGUAAUGGGCCUCUGUCUGAGUGACCAGCCUGUAAUACACUUAUUCUCAGUGCAACCAGAUCUCAAUGGAGAUGCUGUGGUGGCCUCUGAUUGGUUAGCAUUUGGUGGGCGCUGUCUAAGCAGAUCCUUCUGAUUGGAAGCCAGGCAGUCUGGGCCCUCCCCCCCAUUCCUAUGCUGUAUGACUGUUUUCCAUGAGGGCAGUUCCCCGUUGUGCUGUAUGGCUCUUCUCAGGAAAUCUGUAACGGAAUGCUGAACUCUGAUAGGCUGCUCAGGAUCACAGGGGCACUGUGAGUGCUGUCCACAUGGCAGAGAGACUGGAUUCUAUGUAAGGUGGGAUGACCCCCACGCCUCAGGGUCACGUCCCACUCGGUUAUGCCCGACCCCAAGCAGCCGUGGCUCAGAAUGCUUCCUCCGCCACCCUUCCUCUGAGCCAGUGGAGACGUCUGUGAAGCACUGAAAUCCCACCGUGUCUCUCUGCUUGCCUCAUGCAGGCACUGGUCUACCAGUGUUACCCAUGACGCUGGACCCCGGACUUCUGCUACCUCCCUGUACCUCAUCACUGUAUUACGUCAACUGCUUAUACUUUGUUUUUUUUUUGUUUGUUUGUUUUUUUUUAUCGUACCUUGUAAAUUCUUGUUUCAAUUCUUCAUAAUGUACGUUUUCAGAUGCUGUUGUGCGUGCGUGUAUUUGGAGCCCACAUUCUGUUCAGCAUGGGGACCCUCUGAUCGUCACGGUUACGCAGCGAUAGGAUUUUCAAAGAAUCCCAGGGUGCAGUAUGUCUGUGAAUCUUUAAACCGAUUACUGAUCGAUUUCAGAGAAGGUUAGUAUCAUUAGUAACUUAUUUGAGAAUUUUCUUUUUGUUUGCUUGAUUUUUACUGCUGGUAGGCAGUAAGUUUUAACCAUAAUGAAAAUGUUGCAUAUUGCAACCGUGACGAUGUCGCCGCAGGACUUGCGUGUGUAAGAACUAGUGCAGGUCCAUAGCCAGCAACUCCUGCCUUAGGAACAGGUCAUAAACUUUCUCUCUCGUCCACGAUGUCAGACUUUGUGUGGUUGUAAGGAUACAAGCUAUGCAGAAUGGACACCUGCUGUCAUCUUGACCACCCAAAAUAAAGACCAACACAACUAA